GGUCUUCGGUCGACUGAGAGAUCCUGAGCAAGCAGUGUCACCUCACCAGUCUCGAGAUGGACAACAGGAAGCGCCUGGCCUAUGCCAUCCAGUUCCUCCAUGGACAGUUGCGGCACAGUGGGCUCUCGUGUGACGCCCAGGAGAGCCUAGAGGUUGCCAUCCAGUGUCUGGAGACAGCCUUCGGUGUGACACUGGAGGACAGUGACCUUGCUCUCCCUCAGACCCUGCCAGAGAUAUUUGAAGCAGCCACUUCCAGCAAGCAGGAGAUGCCACAGGACUCGCGGGCCCCCGACAGGACACCACCCUCUGAGGAGGACUCAGCUGAGGCAGAGCGCCUCAAAACCGAAGGUAAUGAGCAGAUGAAGCUGGAGAACUUCGAAGCAGCUGUGCACCUCUACGGCAAGGCUAUUGAGCUCAACCCUGCCAAUGCUGUCUACUUCUGUAACAGAGCUGCAGCCUACAGCAAGCUGGGGAACUACGUGGGGGCCGUCCAGGACUGCGAGCGCGCCAUUGGCAUCGACCCUGGGUAUAGCAAGGCCUAUGGCCGCAUGGGCCUUGCGCUGUCCAGCCUGAACAAGCAUGCAGAGGCUGUGGCGUACUACAAGAAGGCCCUGGAGCUGGACCCUGACAACGAUACAUACAAGUCCAACCUCAAGAUUGCAGAGCUGAAGUUACGGGAGGCGCCAAGCCCUACGGGCGGCGUGGGCAGCUUAGACAUCGCUGGCCUGCUGAACAACCCACACUUCAUCACCAUGGCUUCAAACUUAAUGAACAGCCCCCAGCUACAGCAGCUCAUGUCAGGCAUGAUCUCCGGAGGCCAUAACCCUCUGGGUACGCCAGGCAGCAGUCCGCAGCAGAGUGACCUGGCCAGCCUCAUCCAGGCGGGCCAACAGUUUGCACAGCAGAUGCAGCAGCAGAACCCAGAGUUUGUGGAGCAGAUCCGUAGCCAGGUGGUGCGCAGCCGGACACCCAGUGCCAGCCACGAGGAGCAGCAAGAGUGACGAAGCUGACCCGAGGGUCCCUUUGCUCCGCGGCCUCCUGGUGUUAGCAUUUUCUCCGUCGGGCAGCUCGAGAGAGAAACUGGACCUGCAUGUUAAGACGGACUCAUCCCCGCCUUGUGUUUUCCUUCAUCCCUCCCCCUCGGUUUUGUACUCUUAAUGGCCCCACACCUCCCUGGAGGAGUCUACAGAAGACGACACACCAGCACCAGUUCCUCCAGCCACCUAGGAAGCUGCAGGGAGGGGUGGGGUGAGUGUGAGUCACUGAGUGACAGCCUGGGCCCUCAGGUCUCAGCCCCCACCCUGCCGGGUUCCUCCUAAAGGAACUUGAGUAGCUGAGUCUCAUCCCCACUGCCAGCCCCAGCUGGGCACCAGCGUCCCACACCCUCGCCGGAUUGCAGGUGCCCCCGCCUGCCUUAUUCCAGUGGCCUGUGCCACAUAGGACUGAGGCCUGUGACUUCUGCCCAGCGUGUGGACCAUCCGUGUCUCUUCUUUCCAGCUUCCCCUCCGUCUUCACAGCCAUCAGCCAAUCCUAACUUUGUGUCCAGUCCAGCACCAUCCUCAGCCUGGGCAGCAGACAUAGACAUUGACCCA